GUUUAACAAUUUUUUUGGUUACUACAUGAUUCCAUAUGUGUUAUUUCAUAGUUUUGAUGUCUUCACUAUUAUUCUACAAUGUAGAAAAUAGUAAAAAUAAAGAAAAACCCUGGAAUGAAUAGGUGUGUCCAAACUUUUGACUGGUACUGUAUAUAUUACACAUAUAUAUGGAUUUCCCUGCACUUACAUUGUGAUUUCUUUUCAUGUAAAUACAGAAAACGAACUAAAAUGUUGUGUAAUAAAGACUACAAAAGUGAUAAAAGAAGAACCAUGACCUAGGAGAAACUGAAAUGAACUUUCAGUGUUUGUUCAAAAAGGUACAAUCUUGUUUUGAGAGACAUUUUGCAUGUCAAACUUUAGUAGAUUUCUGAACUUUGUGAACUUGUAUUAGGCCUACACACAUGGAUGUACAAUUGCAACAAUCUGAGAAAAAGAAAUCAAAAUGGCAUUAUUGUAAUUAUCAUGUUGGGAUUUAAUUUUAUUAAAAAAGAGGAAAUAAAUAUACGCUCUCUGCUGAGCUGUACUCUUAAUAUAUUUUGUAGUGGGAGGAAAAGACCUUGAAUAUUUAGCUUUCCUUUGUAAAUACUUUUACAGGUUUUCUUCUUGACACUUACAGUAUACUUUGCGGAUCAUACGUUUGGAAAAGUCAGCAAUAACUCGGGCAGCUAAUGAAUGUGACUGAAGCUGUAGAUCCUUCAUCAGCCAUGUUUCUCACACAAGGGAGAGGUGUUCAGUCUCUGUUCCAAUGUCCACACUAACAUAGUUAUUUGAAUGAAGCAAUGUAUUGAACAUUCAUUCUAAGUAGUAUGCUAGUGUGCAUUUUGGAAUGUAGUCUCCCCUGCCUGUCUCGCACAACCAACACACAUAGUUCUUUUGACACUGAGGUGCACUUUAGUUUCCCAUAUUACACUCGCUAGCACAUAAUGGGCCUACUCCCCUAAGGACUGAAAGGACAGCAAACUGACAGCAAGGCUGUGCCAAAUGCUGCUCUCGCUGGGACAGAAAAGACACAGUUCCACCCCAGUGUUUUUGACUGCAUCGUUACCUCAGCAGAGUAUAGAAGGGAUUGAGUUCACUGCAAAUACGUCCUGUUGUGUGUGUAUUGGCAAGGCUGGCUCACUCGUCCCCGCUGGAAUGUGUGUUCUUCAUGGCAUACUCUUGAGAGCUUCCACUCGCUUAGUCUCUUCCAGCGCCUUGAGUCUGCGAGAGAGACUACCCACUCACUGUGUUCUGGCUGUGUGUGUUUGUUUGCGUGGGCGUUUCUUUCCGUUUUGGCUGAGUCAGUGUGUUCUUCAGGCCCUGUACUGAUUGUGUCCCAUGCGGUGCAGCAUCAAUCGGCCAUUGUGUAUGGUGGUGUGUAUUGGGGAGGCUAGAGCAUUGGGUUCUACAACCAACAGUGAAGUCACAUAAACAGUGACUGCUGGUAUAGUCAACAUGGUAUAAUCAACACCCCCUGAGUCAUCUUUAAUACUUUAAAAGCCCAUCAGUAUCUGUGUUCCACUCGUAGUGCCGCCUUCUGCUAUCGAGUGAGCUGAAGAAUCUCCAAUGAGCUCUGACUGUGGGUGAUGUCUGUAGUCUUCCAUUCUGAACACAGUGUGUCCCUGUUGUGUUGAAUUACCUUGCUAUCAUCAACUAGUAAUGAAGUAGCUACACCAUAUGUGUAUUGAGGGACCACGGGGGUUUGUAUUGUCUCUGAUAUAAUUGUAGAUUACUGAGUUUUCAAAAUUAUUUUCAUAAUUGACUGUUGAAAAGCAUAGUUUAUACAUCGAUUGCAGUGAUUCUGAAUAGUAUUGGGUUGGCUAUGGUAGGUUAAGUUUAGGCUUGAGUAAGACUGAAUAUCCAGACCUUCCUUUAGAACUGAGCUGCUUUGCUGACUAUGAUCUCUCUGUUUCAUGGGAAUUGGAGGCUUUUAAGUGUUAAUUUCUAGCCUGGUAUCCAAACUGAUAUGCUGUUUCAUCACUAAACACAUUGUUCAGUCUGGUUUCACCAGACUAGUUCAUUUCUCCAUAUGUCUUACUGAUCAAUCCACUGAUGACUGGAUCUGCAGACAGACUGAUAGAUGUAGAAGUGUCCUUACGCUCGCUGUACCUCUGUGUAUUUCACACCCUCACUUUCUCACUCAACUUCCAGUCAGUAUCUGAUGUGAUUUAACAGAUAGAUGUUUUAUGUUCCUUAUUUUCUACGGCUCAAUGGAGGUGUAUUUAUUCAUUACCAUAUGACAUGGCUCAUCUGUGCUCAUCCUCGUGGUAACCAAGGGAGACACUGAGACUGGAAUUCAGUAUACCCUAAGUACCAUUUGUAAUGAUGUUUAGUGGAACAGUGCUGAUUGAUCCAGCACCGUGUAGGAGGGCUGUCGGUACACGUUGGACUGCUAGGCAGACACACAUUUGGAAAUGAUCUUGAAGAGGAAUGGAACGUUUUAUUUUACAUGGUGACAAUGAAACGUCACAACAGGUUACAUCUGUGGUAGAGACAUUCAUUUAGUCUCUUUCAGCCUUCAUUUAGCUGUUCACUGAGCCUAUAAUGAACCCAUUCAUCAACAAGCCCACCAGACAGACAGCCCUGUUGUCUAAACCAAGACUGAUGAAGACACUCCACUCACUGAAAUAACAUUUACUUUAAAGGUGUUUUGUUUUCCACAUUCACCUAUGAUGUCCUUUACCAUGGUUUCUGUGUGUAAACUCAGAGACAGCCAGGUUGUUACUCUUCCUGAAAGUCAACCUAAAUAGAUUUAACAUUGUCAGUUAGCCACUUUAGUUUGGGCUGGUUCCGACCACUAGGUCUCACAAGCCUAGUGGAUUCAAUAGAACAACCUUCAACUGUCAUUUUGUUCCACCUCAUACCUACUCUAUCCAUAGAACUACCAGUGCCCUUAGGCAGAAGCCCAGUCUUUGCUGCUUCCAGGUUACAAUAUUCACCCAAAUAUGAUUGUUUUAGCAGGCUUUAUUUUCAGACCCAACAGGCAGACAACAGGCAUGGAUUCAUUCCUACUAGUGUGACAAGAAGACUGCUUAAUUUGCUAUAGGCAGACCGAUAGCUCUGUUUAAGUUGAAACGUUAGUACUGGGGGGAGAGCUGUAUUUGACUAAAGAUGGAACAAUAUAUUUGUUUUUAUUAUGUAUUUUGAUUAGAUAUUUCUGGUAGUUUGUUAUAGGUCUCCCUAUGUCACAUACAUCUACAGUGCUGAACUGACUGAUUAGAAGCAGUCAUAGACUCGCCUCACUGGCACAAUGAAAUGACCAAUAUGCAACAGACAGAGACUAAUAAAGCACACACUACUACAGGUUAAUUACAAUGUUCAUUUUGGGUAAAGUAGUUGCUGAAAUGACGAAAAUAGAUUAUUGGCAUUGUAUUUUUUGUUUCAAGCUUGAUAAUAUCCUAAAGUCAUCAAGUCUGUUCUCUUGUUUGGUUGUUUUUUGGACAGUUGCAAUAUUUGCAAGUUGUGGUCUGUGUAGUCGAAUAAUAUGUUAUGUAGUGGGGAGGACAAGCGUCUUAAGUCAUUUGUAAUUUAUUGGAUUACUUUCUAUGAAGUUAUAUAGAGGAAAUUGAAGUUUAAUUAUUUUUAUUAAACAUAUUCUGACUAUCCAUGAAGCCUGUCUUUCUCUAUUAUUUCACAUGGACCCAGUUACAGGCACUUCAAGGUAUCCAGAAUUACAAUGUUUAUUGUUCACUGGUGAUAUAAAUAUAGGAUGAUAAUGUCUCAGUUAAUAGUGUGGCUAAAAAGUCAUUUUCAAAACUGAUAUAGUAUAUAUUGUUGUAAAGCAUUUCUGAUUAAUGUACUGCUAUUCUUCUGCUUCCUUUAUGCCCUAUUAUGUUCCUACUCCACCCCAGGGGGCGCUUGUUGCUCUGUGAGUCUCAGCCCUCAGGGCUCUUAUCAUAGCAACCCAUUGCAGAUGACAAGUUGGGGCUUGUCUGCUGUGAGCCAAUGGGCUGAGCCAGACCUUCAGCUUCCUCUCUGUCUCAGUGCACUGCAGCCUGCUGCUGCCUGCCUGUAGACUUAUAGUGGCGCUCACUGCUCUGUGCUGCUCUGAUGCUCACCCACACACCCACAGCUGUUCAGCCUGGCUAGUCCCACAGAGAGAGAAGCAGAGAGGCAGUGUGUCUCCAAGCCUCUACAAAACAGAAUCAGAUCCUUCUCACGAGCCUCUGUGGACUCCAAUCAAGUUAUAGAAACAUUUCAAGGAUGAUCAAUGGAAACAGGAUGCACCUGAGUUAAUUUUCAAGUCUCAUUGCAAAGGGUCUGAAUACUUAUGUAAAUAAGGUGUCCACUGCUACUCCACUGACUGACACGGAGCUAUACUCUACCAGAGGAGGUGCUGUGAGCGGCUGGAGGUCGUCAUGGCAACCCAGAGACAUGUACCCAGUGACAGUCUGGCUAGAACAUUCAGGUCCUGUGCCAGAAACCCUAGUGAGGUCAUCUCCACUAGACUGAGAGACAUGCUCCACAGCUUCAUCCAGCACUACCAGGAACCAUGGGAGGAGAACCGCAGCCUAGACAGAGAGAGAGGAGUGAAGUUCUCCAGCCAGACAGAGGCUUUGUACUACAGGGUUCUAGAGGCUGUCAUCAAUCAGGAGAGGAAGAGGCUGGAAGCCAAAGACCUUUUAGGCAUUCUGGAGCAUGAUCUGUUCCAGCGCUCUCUAGUGGCCUGUUGUCUGGAGAUGGUUAUCUUCUCCCAUCAGCCACCUGGCAGCUUCCCCCUGGUCAUUGACAUCUUUAGCCUGGCGCCAUACGACUUCUACAAGGUGAUAGAGCUGGUGCUGCGGGCUGAGGAGGGCUUGCUGCCGGCUGUGGUCAGGCGUCUGAUGCAUAUAGAGGAGCAGGUCCUGGAGAGUCUGGCCUGGAGGAGAGACUCACCACUCUGGGAUCAGAUCAGAGCUGCUAAGGGACAGGGACAGCUGCCUGCAUACCAUCAGGUGAUGCUCCCCCAAUACUCAGAGGACACAGACAAGAUGGUCAAGAUCCCUCCCACCCCUUCACACUUGACCCCAAGCCUUGUGAGUGGGAUCCAUGGAAAUGACCUGAACUCCCCGAUUACCCACCAUGAACGCUACAGCUCACCCCCUGCUGGCUCAAAGAUGGCCGCUUGCCCUACCACACCAGUCAGCCCAUCCCAGUCCUCCUCUGUCAUUGUUACUGGACAGACUGUAGUCACCAUGGCAUCAGCAACUGUCACCACCAACAAUGGCCAGUCAGUCACCAUACCGGUUCGAGGCAUUGCCAAUGACCGGGGAGGCAUCACAUUUACCCUCAGUGUUGUAGAUCAGCCCAUUCCUCCACAGCAGGUCUCCAGCACCUCUACCCAGCAGCCCCAGAACCCAGUCACACACAGACCUCAGAGUAAGGGCUCCAUCUCACUGUUCCUCCGCAAGGUCUACCACCUGGUGAGCAUGCGUCUGAGGGACAUCUGUGUUAAACUGGACAUCUGUGAGGCGCUGCGGCUGAAGAUCUGGACCUGCGUUGAACACUCCUUGGUCCACUGCACUGACCUCAUGCUAGACCGACACCUGGACCAAAUACUAAUGUGUGCCAUCUAUGUCAUGGCCAAGGUAAACAAAGUGGACAUGCCCUUCAAGCUCAUCCUGCAGUGCUACAAGACUCAGCCUCAAGCAAGCAACUCUGUAUUCAGAAGUGUUCUGAUCUCAGGGAGAAACACCAAGACCUCACAAAACUCUCCUGGAGGAUCCAACAGAGAAAACAUUGAUGUAGACCCCAGCAGUGGCUUGCUUACCUACCAGACCCCUCCCACCCAUCCUACAGGACCCAGAGCUCCCUGUAGACAGGACCAGGGGGAGAGAGGGCACCUCAUCUAUUUCUACAACACCGUCUAUGUCAAACAGAUGAAAGACUUUGCCCUCCGCUACACCUCCAGCUCUCUGACCAUAGCCGGGGUUGAAACCCCUCCCCUUUCGCCAUACCCCUGGCAGCGUAUUGGAUCCUUGCGCAGACUCCGCCCCUCCAACCACCAUUCCCUCUACAUCUCCCCCCACAAGCCCAGCACACACCCCUCCCCCCGCACUGGGGUUCUCUACAUUUUCAGCAGAAGCACCUCAAAGAGUCUGAGAGAGAUCAGCGACAUGAUGAGGACAUUUCAGUCACGCACCAGGAAGCGCUGUGCAGCCUUGCUGCAGGAGGAUGGUGAGGAGGAGGGUGGGCCGCUUGUGAAGAGACCCUGUCAGGAUAGACCGUCAAACUUGCAGAGAAAGCUCAGGGACUUCGACCAGGCACUGACGAGGGCCCAGAACCAGCAACAAGCCCAGAGCGGGGCCAAGGCACUGCAUCAGGCAACAGCACACAAUGGGACGCAUUGAUGACAUCUCACUUUCUUUGACUUACCGUCAUGCUUCAUACUUCUUGCAGGUCUACCUACACUCAUUGGCAGAAUAUGGACGACAGGCACUGAUAAUGGGAGAAUGGAUGCUGUGGAUCUACAAUGUUAGAAAGAAUUGGCAUCAUUAGCACUCAGCGAAGCUCUCUUAGCAAGCAAUGUUGAUGAUUAGAAAAGCUGAUUUGUACUAAUAAUGAGGGUAAUGUAAUAAUCUGAAGGUAACUAGGGCUCUGUAUCAAAUAUCAUAUCAUACAUAUCAUAUGCAGUAUAUAUUCAUCCUAAGGAAGCCGUAAAGGAUUUGUGCUGGUACUGAGCACUGUGUACAGUUUGUGUUUGGUGAGAGGGAGGAGACGAGAUGUCUCUCUCUGGAACAUACAGUAUGUAAUUAGUUUCAAUUUUGAAGUUUCAUUUGUCACAUGCACAAGUACAGUGAAAUGCUUAACUUGCAAGCCCUACCCAACAGUGCAGUAUUCAAAAUAAAAAAAGCGUAACUAAUUUAAAACAAAUUAAACACAGAUAUAUGACAUAUAGGUGAGCCUUUUUAAAUUAUUAUACAGCGUAAUGUAUCUGUUAGGACCAGAUGUUAGAUAAUAUUCUGCUUUUCUCUACCAGUGUUGAAUUUGUACUGAUCUGUGGCACACAUCCUUUACUUCUUUGUAUUGUGAUGGGUAAACAUAACUCUGUUUUUACAUUUGUCUUGUUGCUUUUUGUCCUAUGUUGCUCUGUCUGUAUGCUAUGUCUUGCUUGUCCUAUGUUGCUCUGUCUGUAUGCUAUAUCUUGCUUGUCCUAUGUUGCUCUGUCUGUAUGCUAUAUCUUGCUUGUCCUAUGUUGCUCUGUCUGUAUGCUAUAUCUUGCUUGUCCUAUGUUGCUCUGUCUGUAUGCUAUAUCUUGCUUGUCCUAU